AUUGUGCUGGGUGUGAGAGAUAUUUAUGAUUGCCCUCCGCAAAUAGUUUCUAUUAAGUAAACAGCAGAAAAGAAAACGAACGAAUACAACGAUCAAGAAUUGGCCCCUAACGAGAUAAAUUAUGAAUGUGCACUUGCAGGUACGUGUAGAAAUGACACGUGACAGUUCGGUGACGUAAUUCAUGCAGUCAUAAACAGAGACAGAAGAUGGCGGCCGACAGUGAUCCCGAGUCUGAAGUGUUUGAGAUAACAGAUUUCACUACCGCAUCUGAGUGGGAAAGAUUUAUAUCCAGAGUUGAGGAAGUGCUGAAUGACUGGAAGCUGAUUGGUAGUCGUGUUGGGAAUCCUCCUGAGAAGGGUGAAUAUACCAGCGGCACCUGGGAGGAAACAUGUCAGGACAUCAACUUUGCUGAUUUCAAGUUCUCUAUCACUCAUCACUAUCUCAAACAAGAGUCAACAGAGAAGGACUUCAAGAUCGAACCAGAAGAAGAUGCGAGUCCGCUGUGCAUGCAAGAUCUGCUCUGUAUGAACAAUGACUUUCCUCCCCGAGCACACUGUCUGGUCAGAUGGUAUGGGUUGCGUGAGUUUGUGGUGAUUUCUCCGGGGGCGAACUGUGAGGCCAUCAUCAGCGAGUCGAAAUGUAAUCUGCUGCUGAGUUCAGUGUCCAUCGCUCUGACAAACACAGGCUGUCAGGUGCCUCUGUUUGUUCAGAUCCAGCAGAAAUGGAGAAGAACGUACGCUGGUGAAUGCCAGGGGCCCGGGGCACGCACUGACUUUGAGAUGGUGCACCUACGAAAGGUUCCAAGCCAGUACAACCACCUGUCCGGCCUUCUGGACGUCUUCAAGAACAAGAUCGGCUGCGCGCUGACGCCGAUGCCGCCCAUCAGUAUCGCCAUCCGCUUCACGUAUGUGCUUCAGGACUGGCAGCAGUGCUCGUGGCCUCAGCAGCCUCCAGACUUCGAUGCACUUCUCGCCGGUGAGGUGGGCGGAGUGGAGUUUGGCAAACUUCCUUUUGGUGCCUGUGAAGAUCCAAUCAGCGAGUUGCAUCUUUCAACGACGUGGCCCAACCUGACUGAAGGAAUUGUUGUGGAUAAUGACGUUUAUUCCGACUUGGAUCCACUUCAAGCUCCUCAUUGGUCCGUUAGAGUGCGGAAAGCAGACAAUCCUCAAUGUUUGCUGGGGGAUUUCCUCACGGAGUUCUUCAAACUGUGUUGUCGAAAGGAAACCACAGAGGAGAUUCUGGGGAGGAGCUCAGUGGAGGAGGAGGUGAAAGAGAACAAUGACAUCACACAAGCAUUGUCUAAACUGACUGAGCCCACGGCCGUGCCCAUCCACAAGCUCUCUGUGUCCAACAUGGUUCACAGCGCACGCAAACGGAUACGACGACACCGGCGGCUUGAGGAGUCACCUCUGAACAACGACGUGUUGAAUUCAAUCCUGCUAUAUCUUUUUCCAGAUUCAGCGCUGGAUAAAACAGACUCCAGUGAUGUGAAAUCCACACCGCACAGCCCCUCCAGGAAGACUGAGAAGGACAAAGACUCUGAGGAUUGUAAUCUCUGUAAUCAACUGAAAUCGUCUCCUUCAGACAGUCUGACGUGUCGUCUGGCCUUGUGCAUGUGUUUGGUGAAUGUCUAUCACGGGGGGGUGCGAGCGGUCGCUCACCUGUGGCAGGAGUUUGUGUUGGAGAUGAGAUAUCGCUGGGAAAACAACUGUCUCAUCUACGGGCUGGCGAGUGGAGCUCCUGAUCUCAGGUGUUGUCUUCUUCAUCAGAAACUUCAGAUGCUGAACUGCUGCAUUGAGCGCAAGAGAGCGAGGGAUGACGGAAAGAAGACUGAAGGGGCCAGAGAAAAGAACCGGCCGUCGGUCGGGUCUGUGGAAGUUUCACCUGGAAAGUCCUGGGACUCGUGGAGUGACAGUGAGGACGAAUUCUUUGAGUGUCUGAGCGACACAGACGAGAUCAAGGAGGCGGAGACUGAACGGGACAAGAAAGCGACCAAUAAGAGCAAAGCUGAGGGACGAUUACAGCCGCAUGGGAAACUGACGCUGAGAAACUCCAGCGAGCUGCUCUACAUCCCCAUCACACAGGUCAGUACACAUCACCUGUCAUGAGUCAUGUGACCGAGUCUAAACUGACCAAU